AGAAAGGAUGCAGCGCCUACUAUCUCAGAAGAAGUGCAGAUGAUAUUGCUUUCCAGAAUAUCUUUUCAUCAAUGAGAUAGGGAGGGGGACAGAUCCGAAAACUGCAACAAAAAACUAGAACAAGGAUAUGUUAAUAGAGAAAAGUUGGUUGUUAAGUAAUGUGGAAAUACUUUAUCCUAAUUGGAAUCUUAUGUCUCUUUCAAGAUCACGUGUUCACCCAAGAUGAUGUCGAAAAAUCAGGGAAAAGAGAAUUAAUGUACCUCCAAAUACUCACAACCAAUGGUUUUUAUGCUCCGCUCUCACUCUACCCGAAUGAUGAGAACACCGAAGAUGAUUGGCCAGAAGGAAUGGGUUUACUCCCAAAGUUAGGCAAGUUGCAACAAUAUGAAAUGGGCAAAUUCCUGAGAAGAUUUUACGACCAUUUCAUCACAUCAGAUCCCGGUGAAGUCGACGCUUUCAGCUCGUUCGAAGAUCGUUCAACCAUCAGCUUGAUCUCCUUCCUGGCAUCGCUGUACGCUCCCACUGAAGAGUGGCAGUUCAUGCCGGGAUUCAAAUGGCAACCCAUAGUUCUCUGCUACAUGGAGAGACAUGAUAUUUUCUUUAAUUACAAAGACAGGUGCUUGACGCAAUUAGAAGAAAGAUCAAGAAUACUCGGUUCACAGCCAUUUCGAGAACAUGUGAGAAAAGAUGAGUUCUUAUAUUCAUAUUGGAGCGAAAAUAGUGGGAUGAUAAUCGAAGAUCAGCUUGAUGUCGCUCUUCUGUAUGACACAAUUUAUAAAGAGCAAAAAGCCGGUCUGAAGGUGCCAAGAUGGGCCAGAAUGUACCUGUCUGAUAUGAAGCGCAUUUCGGAUUAUGCAUAUACUUGGCUCUAUAACUCAACCACAAGUUUGCAGUUAAAAGUAGGUUCUCUAAUUGAUCUUCUGUCUGUGAGAAUGCGAGUAAAGACCAUGCAUGAUAAGAACCCAGAUCCAGAAAUUAUUGUCAGCGUGUACGUAACGCAUGAUUGGAACCUUGCUGCGGUAUUAUCAGCAAUGAAAUUAUCCAAUGGUCUGAGACCUCCUCCUUGUGCCACCAUCACCUUUGAGAUGUACAAACAGGACGAAGAGUACACUGUACGCACGCUAUUCUUUAACUCUACUAACCCAGAGAUGGGAGGUGACCAAGUACCUCACCCUUUGGUGCUGGACGGGUGCACUGAAUACUGUCCACUCACCAACUUUGUUAAAUUCUUCCAACCAGUCAUACCGGAGAAUUACACAGCAUUGUGUGGAACUCAAGUAAUUUCAGUCGAUUCCGAAUCUAAUGAAGAUGGCGAUCCAAAUGAAAAGGGAGAAACCAUUCUUUUACCAAAGUACAAUGACAUGAAAGCUAUGACAACUGCUCUUUCUGUGUAGAAAAUAUUAAUUCAAUGACGGUCAUAUUUUUUUUAGCUUUUGUAAAAUAAAAAAUGGAAAGGAAAUACGAGCCUUCGGAGAAAUGCAUUGAUUUAAUUCUCUCUCCAGAAGGGCUCAAGGCGCAUACAAAUUGGCGAGGAAGAUGUAGAAAAUUACAAAUAUCAUAGAAAAAAUUAUAAUUCAAAGAAACGUGGAACAGAUUUUAAAAUAUAAAAUGAGACAUCGAUAAUUAUUUACUUAAAAACAUUAAAAAUAUAAAUUUCGGAUCUACUGAAAUUUUCUCACCCAAUAAAAUAAUUUUAUUUUUAAAUGCUGAUAAAUUUCAAAUGUCUUUCGCAAUUUCGCGACAUUCUUACUAAUUUUUAAGAAGAUUGCAGAUUACAGGCAAUUUUUGUUUGUUUAUCUCUUGUAUACUUGUUUGCUGAGAAUAGUUUGAAAUGAUUCUGAAAAGUAUCUUAUCUUUAUGCAACACUGAGAUGCCCAAUUGCUAAUAAGUUUAAUUAUUUCUAUAUUUUUAAAUAAUUAAAUAGAAAAUUUGUUCGCCCAACAAAUUAAUAGUAUUAAUUUAAUCAAUCAAACAACGUUGAAGAUAUACACAUUACAACAAAAAAUGAACUAUUUAAAAAUAUACUUGCACAAUAAACAUAGAACAUUCUGAUUCAUUAGCUAUGUUUAUAAUGUGGUGAUAAUUGGCAAAUUCCGUCCAGUAGUUAAAUAUGUGAGGUACUCAAAGAGCUAUUUCGAGGUAUCUGUCAAAAUCUGAGGAUACGCAACCAGCAACCAUUGAUGGCGUACUUAGUAGUAAUAAGCUUUCAUUCGAAAUAAAAAAAAAAUAAGUGAAAUCAGACUAAUGGUUGUGGCUGGGGUUCUGCAUUGUAUUCUAACACAUUUACAUCUCCAAACUUAUUAAAUUCAUUUUAAAUUCAAUAAUGUGUAUUAAAUGUAUUAAGUUUGUAUUAAAUUCAUUCUGUUUAUUUUUAUUUUA